UUACUUCCCAUAGAACAUAAUGGCUGAGCUGAACAGUAGUUUAACAGCCAUGGACUGGUUACCUCGUCUCAAUGCCUGUGGUGCCUUUGGCGCAGGGGGCAGCGCCUCUUGGUUGGAUGGCGUCGUAGGUGACUCUCCAGAACUUGUACAAGCGGAUUCUUCCACACCUCCGUCGCCUCCAACCACCAGUAAGCCUCCUUACAGUUAUGCCAACUUGAUCACCCUAGCCAUCAAUAGCAACGCAAGAAGAAAGAUGACGUUAGCAGAGAUCUAUCAGUGGAUUAUUGAUAACUUCCCUUACUACAGACAGGCCUCCUCUGGAUGGAAGAACUCUGUUCGUCAUAACCUUUCCUUAAACAAGUGUUUCAAGAAAGUGCCCAGAACGAAAGACGACCCAGGGAAAGGAUCUUACUGGGCCAUAGACACCAGCUGUAAUCCUGACGAUGGUUUGCACAAAAGGAAGAAGCAAACCUGCCCAAGGUUUAAUCCCUACCUAACGGCGAUGACUUGCGUCAAUGACCUCAACCUCCAGCAAGUGGGAGGUGCAGGCACCAAAGUCCUGGGGACCACAACCCUCGUCACAACCGCUGACAAUCCUCCCCAUCGACGGACCACUGCAACUUUUGCCAAUCCUUGGAAUUCCUCAGCUGUCGAACCUUUGCCACAACAGCAAACUAACUGGGCUCCAUCUGAAGGUUACAUAAUAGACAGUAGACCAAACACGGGACUAGACCAUAGCAGUUCAGUGAACGUAAGUUCGCCCAUGACCCAAAGCACGCAGAUGGACCCAGGAGAGACCACAGCGCAGUGGCGAGAAUCUGCAGCCUCUGUUGAUAAUGUUAUGAAAGAAUGUGACAAACUCCUCAACAAUCUUACUCCAGAGCUUCUGAAAGAGUAUGCAGAUUUUUUAACCUCUUCUGGAGGAACCACUAAUCACACUAGCAAUGUAUAUGUAGGAUCAGGGAUGCCCAUAGCACAAAUGAAAAAUGUGCCUGAUCUAUGCAAUGAUUCUCCCGAUGUCAAGCCCUUCCAAACAAUCAGGCACAUAUCGCCAGAUCCUGGAGGCUUGGCCGUGGUUCAAGGCAAUCUUUGCGAACCGAUAUCUGACAUCCACACGUCUCAGAAUAUGGUGCCAGAGUCCGUCCCCCCGCCACCUAUGCCUUUACCGCCAACAUCAGGUGAGACCAUAGAGACCCUGGUUGCAGACCCGCUCAUGGUGUCCAAUGCUGUCCCCCCUGAUGACGUCCUGAGGUCUCCGUACUCAGCUAGCAGCCCGAGAGAACUGCCUUUAGAUGGCAGUUUUUCCUUGAGUGUCUGUGGAAGUGACGUUGGGGAUGGAGAGACAUCAGUCUCAGCCCUGAGCGAAACUUUGAGUGUCGCUAGCCAUGGAUCCGGAGGAACGGUUACUAUCAUGCGCAGGGAACCUGCCCUUCCCCAGAGCCCGCAAGGGUUAUCCGAGCCCUUGGCGCGACUUUUAGCCCCAUUAACGUCUCCGCCCCCUCCUAGGCAAUCUGCGGGACGUUACGUGCAAGGGGAUGACGGCGAAUUGGACGUAGCACUCGCCUGUGGCCUCGACGACGACAUGGAGGCCAUCCAAGUGGGCCUCAUCACCGGAUCCGGACCUCAUUCAGAUGACGAGGAAAUAACAGAUGAUUUCAACUGGGAUAAACUCCUCUAAUAAUGAAUCGAAGGAGAAGGCGACAGGAAAAAUACAUGUACAUAUAUUAUAUACGUGUGGAUUUGUGUUGAAUGAAGUGCAAAGAUGAAGUUUUAAGUGCAAAUUCCAUUUAGUGGAAAAUGUAACUGAUUUCAUUAGUGUCAUAGCUGAUGUGUAUAUUAAUGCAGUUUUUUAUUUAGUUAUAUAAUACUGAAAGAGAGACUACCUCAGAAAUGCAAUGUUUUCAAGUUUGAAAAGUCUCUUUGCAGUUUCAAUACAAAGUGUAUCUUUAUUUUUGUAUGUUUGCACACUUUUAAUUUAUAUUGUAUAUAUACCUUAUAAAUAUGAACUAGCAACCUAUUCGAAGAUAUGCAUUACGAAAGCAAAUGGAUGGAACAAGGUCAGAGCAAUAUAUUCUCCUCCUCCUCCUCUUGUGCAAUUCUGACCCAACAGUGAUAAUGACUUGAGCUUACGAGGCCUUACGGCCUUCCUCCCAAAAUGUGCCUUCAUCGAGGACUGAAUUCCACGAAGAGCUUCUUCAUCUUGGACGAGACGAGUCUGAGAUAUUCUCAAGGGAUGUCAUGGAUGUUAAUUAAUGAAUGUUUGCAAAUGUUGAAGGUCUUCCUAGACAGUAGGCUAAAGACCAUAGCAAAUAUAAAAUCCCAUAUCAGUUAAAUUCUAUAAGCAAAGCCUCUCAGCAAAAAAAACAAAAACAAAAAACUUUGAAAUAAAGACUUUCAUAAAAGAAAUAAGAAAAUACAUCGCUUCUGAAAAGAGGUCCUUUGAGGAUGCCAGCUGUAGGUUUUGAAUGUAAGGUUCGACCUCUCGAGACCGGCAAGAGGACUUCAGGUGAAUAAAGGGGAAGGAAAGAUGAUAGCAACUGUGCUGAUAUUAAUCAUCGUUACCUUCAAUGUUAAUAUUUGUUGAAUGCCUUUGUCCAAACUUUGCAAGACGACCUACAGAACGAUAUUGUCUGAAGACCUUUCACGUGUGUUGAAUAUAUCGAAGGAUAAUGAUAGUGUCCAAAAAAUUCAUCUUGUGCCUCUGCAACGUAGGUUGAGAAUAUCCUUUCCCAAAGGGUAAACUUUCUCUCCUUGCUCUUAAAAGGGUGUGUUAUUAAUCAACCCCAACUAAAUAAUCGUCUCGAAAUUAAUCUCCAAAUGCUUGCUUGAAGAAUGAAAUCCCUCAUAAGAAAUUUAUCUUCCAGCAUAGUGGCCGUAGGAACGGUUCAUUAAAGGUAACUGAAAACAUAGCAAAGUAAACCAAACUGAUUGCAGAAUUUCAUACCGUUCAACAAGCAGUCAGUGCCUACUUCCUUCGCAGUACUUCCUGCGAACCGAUUCCAUGCUGUAUUUAUCAAAGCCAACGAUCUUGAAGGCCAAGAAAAAAUUCGCAUACGUCAUAUAAGAAGGCCUUUUUAUAUUACUCCUAAUAUAUUUCCUUGGGACCAGUCAGAGACUAAGAACUUUAACUGCACUUGAAACUUAUGCUCGCGAACGCGCGCACCCUUGACAAUAUGAUAUACAUAUAGUAUGUGUGUGUUCUUAACUCUGAACUAGCAGAAAGAUCCCGAAGGAUUAAGUUCUGUUUGCUUUCCGUGUAACAUCAUAGCAGCUCUUAUUAAGUCAAUAUUGAAUCCUUUAAAAGCAUAAAAAUAAAUGUAACUUCAUUGUUGUAAGCUACUUGAAAUAUUGACAUAUAUUCAUCGUAACCCCUUGACCUUUUGAGAUAAAAAAGACCUCUUCAAAUUCUUAAAAGGCAACAUUAAGAAAUGAACGUUGACACACUCAUGUAAAAUUGACAAAACCUUGACAAAUGUCCAUACUUCUAAAUGAAAUAAUGAACUGUUGUUGUACAACUACUUCAGUGUACACCAUGUUCACAAAUAAUUGACUUAUCUGUCACGAUCCUGUUAUACUGAGCUGCUUCAUAUCCGCGGAGUGACAGAAGAAUCGUCAAGAAAUCAAGUCAAGAGACAAAAACAGGAUAUAUAGGCAAUGUCCCUCUCGGUCGCUAGACCUCAAAGCGUUCGCCCAAAACAACUUCACCCCAAAUAGAUUAGCUUCGUGAAGAAGAAAUGUCAAAUUUUGGAUUUGCUCUGCUAAUGGGAGACUAGAUACUUGACCACCCUUGCGUGUCAACAAAGAUGAUAUGAUCCUCCACUCUGUUGAUCAUCUUCUCUAUGUCUAUCUGUCUAUUUGCAUUACAUGCUUUUAUUUAACUUGACUUCUGCAUCUGUUUGUCUGUUUGUUUGGGUCAAAACUUGUAACUCAAUUUUCGACUUGUUCCCUUCGUCCGGUGAACUUUAAAUUUUGCUUGGUUGCUCAGUCCCGGUGACAAUACAACCUACAUGAUCAGUAGGUCAGCCGUGACCUCUCCCAGUAUCUCAGGAUAUGUAUGAAAAUCUUCAGAUUGUUCAAAAUUUAUUUGACUCGGUAGAAAGGGUAAUAGCUCUAGGGAUUUUUCACAUUUUUCUUGCCUCGUCAAGAUGUCAUCUUCAAUUUUUUUUUUUUUUUUUACAUUCAUAAAUUGGUUAAAAUUUCUGUCAAAACUGAAAAGUAUGAAAUAGAAAAAAUAUAUACAUAAAGGUUUUUAAAUCACGCUUUUAUUAAAGUGCACUAAAAAGUCAAAAGUAACUUUUGGAGACACACCAGGAUUUUCUUACAAUCAAUCAUGUCUAAAGAAAUAGAAGUGUGGGUGCCAAACAUGGAAGGAAAUGCUACAAUAAAAGAAAAUAUAUAUCUUUCUUGUAGCAAUUCCUUCCAUGUUUGGCGCCUCGCUUUUGGUUUUAUAGACAUGAUUAUCUAAAAGAAAAUCCUGAUGUCUCCAAAAAUUAUUGUUUUCUGCUUUUUUUUUUUUUACUGUUUAGUGCAUUUUAAUAAUUGCGCGCUUUAGAAAUUUUCUUAUAUUUUCUUAUAUGUGUAACUGUUCCGUAUACAGAUGAAUAAUAAGAAUAUUAGUUAUUUUAAUGUUAGAGACUGACUAAGAUUCAUGUUGCACGUCACCUUUGCCUUCCUUGUCACCAACAGUUCUUCUUCUUUCGCCGUCCUGGUCUCAGGGCAAGACACAACCGACCGAGAUCAGAGCGAAGUUCGCUUCCCCAAAAUGGGCUCUAAUUUCAGUUAUCCUUAUAUAGGAUUAUAACCGUAGAUACCUUCAAACCUCUUGAUGACUCACCAGUUAACAAUUGCUUCUUUUAAGGGACUAAUUUGAUUGGGAGCGCAGCCAACAUCCAAGAUCUGGUUGAAGUCCCUCACUUUGAUUUAGAUCAUGUAUAUCAUCGUUAGUCAAACAUGGCCGGUUCGACUUACAUCGUUGAAGAGGUCUUUUUAAUCUCAAAAGCACCCAUUUCUCAAAAAUAUGAAAGCCUGGUGUAGAUGAAAUACCAGAAGAAGAGCAGGCGAUACCUUUUACUUGAAAGUAAAUUUUGAAGAAUUGAAGAGUAUUUGGCGAAAUCUCUUUCCCGUGCAAAGUUACAACUUCUUAUUCAAUGAAAAGUCCCAGACUGGAAUUUGGUCGGCACGGUCUCAUCACAACUAAGCCUGUUUCUUCGUGAUCUUCUCCUUUAAUGUGUUUCAUUAAUGUUGUUUCCUAUGUCCAUUGCAUCCUCGAAAACAAGAGGGCUGAUACCGAUUCACUCACAUAUCAACUUGACAUUAUGAUCUCAUUGCCAUUGAGAUCCUUGGUUAAAGGAUCUUUGAUGGCCUGUUCUAAGUAUUAUGUUAAACCGAACAGAUGUGCCUAAUGGAG